AUGACGAAUUGCAACUCUACAAAAGCUUUAACUGAGUUUAGCUUAAAGCUAAUUAAAAAAAGAGAUGGGAAGAAGGUGAAUAGCAUAAUUUACAAACAAAUUGUAGGCAGUUUGAUGUAUCUAACUACUAUGAUGCCAGACAUUAUAUAUUCUGUGAGUCUUACUAGUAGGUACAUAAAGAGCCCGAAUAAAAAACAUGUAUUUACUGUCAAGAGAAUCCUUUGUUACCUACAAGAAACCAAGGAUUUUGAGAUUUUCUACAAGAAUGAUGAAAAGCCAGACAUGAUUGGCUUCACUGAUAGUGAUUAUACAAGAGAUCAAGAUGGAAGCACUUCAGACUAUGUUGUUAUGCUUGGCACAAGGGCUAUUUCGUGGUCAUCUAAGAAGCAAUCAAUUGUCACAUUAUUAAGCACAAAAGCUGAAUUUGUUGUUGCUACAACUUAUGCUUGUCAAGCUAUUUGGCUUACAAGAAUCCUUGAACAACUACAAUUCAAGCUAGAAACAGCCACUACAACUUUCUAUGAUAACAACGUAGCCAUCAAGUUGUCAAAGAAUCUUGGGUUGCAUGGAUGA